GGGCGGGCAGCGCCGCGUCCGUGGCGCCGGGGCCGUCCCCGCGAGCUGUCCGUGGGCAGGGCAGGGCAGGGCAGGGCGGGCAGCGCUCGGCAGCGCUCGGUGCCUGCAGUGCCGGGAGGAGGCUGCGGGCGCCGCUGUUGCCCGAGGAGGAGCGAGAGGAAGGCCGGAGCGCUGCAGGCAGCCCCGCCCGCUGCGGCCCGGCUCGCUCGCUCGCUCGCUGGCUGGCUCGGCGGCCGGGCGGUCUGCGAGCGUCCCCGCGGUGCGGAGCCGUGCUGCAGCGAGGCGGAGGGGCCGGCGGCAGCGGCCGGGAGCGGCGAGCCGGGGCCGGAGCGGCGAGUGGGAGCCGGAGCCGGGGCCGCGGCGGAGAUGUGCGCGGCGGGGAGGCGCCGGGGCCGGCGGGAGCGAGCCCUGCUGUGGUGCGUGCUGGUGGCGGCGUGGGAGGCGGCGUGGGGGCAGCUGCGCUACUCGCUGCCCGAGGAGAUGCCGAAGGGCUCGUUCGUGGGCGACGUGGCCGCGGACCUGGGGCUGCAGCUGCCGGCGCUCGGCCCCCGCGGCGUCAGCCUUGUCUCGGCAGGUAGGACGCCGUAUUUCGCCCUGCACGGGAAGACGGGCCAUUUGGUGACGGCGCAGAGGAUAGACAGAGAGCAGCUGUGCCGGCUGCAGGAGAGAUGCGUGUUGCGCUGCGAGGUGAUCGCGGAGGGGGAAAUGCAGGUUUACGAAAUCGAAGUGGAGAUCACGGACAUUAACGACAACGCGCCCAGUUUCAAAGAAAUUGAGAUGGACGAGAGAGUAAGCGAGACGACAGCGCCGGGUUCGCGUUUUCCGCUGUCCAGGGCUCAGGACCCGGACUCGGGCCGGAAUUCGGUGCAGAGAUACGAGCUGAGCGGCGACGAGCACUUCUCGCUGGCCGUGCGGGCGGGCCCCGGCGGGGAGCAGCGUCCCGAGCUGGUGCUGGCGAAGGCGCUGGACCGGGAGGAGGCGGCGUUUCACGAGCUGGUGCUGAGGGCGAGCGACGGCGGCGAGCCGGCACGGACGGGCACGGCGCGGAUCCGCGUGGCGGUGCUGGACGCGAACGACAACGCGCCCGUGUUCGGGCAGGCGGAGUACACGGCGCGUGUGCCCGAGGACGUGCCCGUGGGCUCCACCCUCCUCACCGUCACGGCCACCGACGCCGACGAGGGGACGAACGGGCACGUGAAAUACUCCCUGAAGAAAGAGGAAGACAUGGCAUCGGAGAUUUUCCAGCUGGAUGCGGAGACGGGAGCGAUCACGCUGGUGCGGAGCCUGGACUUUGAGGAAGGCCACUUCUAUGAAAUGGAGAUGCAGGCACGGGACGGUGGGGGACUUUCUGACACGGCGAAAGUCACCAUUACGGUGACCGACGUGAACGACAACGCGCCCGAGAUUUCGGUGCGGUCGGCGCUGGGCGAGAUCUCGGAGGACGCCCCGUCGGGGACGGUGGUGGCCCUGCUGCACGUGCAGGACCGGGACUCGGGGCCGAACGGCGAGGUGCGGUGCUCGCUGGGCGGGGGCGUCCCGUUCCGGCUGCAGAGCUCGCAGGGCAGCUACUACCGCGUGGUGACGGCGAGGGAGCUGGACCGGGAGGAGGUGUCGGAGUACAACGUGACGGUGCGGGCGGCGGACGGCGGGUCGCCGGCGCUGUGGAGCAGCGCGGUGCUGGCGCUGCGCGUGCUGGACGUGAACGACAACGCGCCGGUGUUCGCGGAGGCGCGCUACAGCGCCCGGCUGCCCGAGAACAACGCGGCGGGCGCGCUGGUGCUGACGGUGCGGGCGGCGGACGCGGACUGGGGGCAGAAUGCGCGCGUGCGGUACCGGCUGGCGGAGGGGCGGGUGCGGGGCGCGCCGCUGUCGUCGUACGUGUCGGUGCAGGCGGAGACGGGCGCGCUGUACGCGCUGCGCUCCUUCGACUACGAGGAGGUGCGCGAGGUGGGGCUGUGGGUGCGGGCGGAGGACGGCGGCGCGCCGGCGCUGAGCAGCAACGUGUCGGUGCGGCUCGUGAUCGUGGACGAGAACGACAACGCGCCGCAGGUGCUGUACCCGCCGCCGGCGCCGGUGCCGGUGCCUGGCGUGGGCGCGGGCGCGGUCGCGGUCUGGGCGGGCGUGGAGCUGGCGCCGCGCUCGGCGGAGCCCGGGGCGCUGGUGGCCAAGGUGGUGGCGGUGGACGCGGACGCGGGUCAGAACGCGUGGCUGUCGUACGAGCUGGCCAAGGCGACGGAGCCGGGGCUGUUCCGCGUGGGGCUGCACAGCGGCGAGGUGCGCACGGCGCGCUUCCCGCUGGCCCGCGACGCGGCGCGGCAGAGCCUGGUGGUGGUGGUGAAGGACCACGGGCGGCCGGCGCUGUCGGCCACGGCCACGCUGACGGUGGUGCUGGCCGAGAGCGUGGCCGAGCUGCUGUCGGAGCUGGGCAGCGCGGCGGCGGCGCCGGGCGAGCCGGCCGGCAGCCUGACGCGGUGGCUGGUGGUGGCCGUGGCGGCCGUGUCCUGCCUCUUCCUCGCCUUCCUGCUGCUGCUGCUGGCGCUGCGCCUGCGGCGCUGGCGCCGCUCGCAGCUGCUGGCGGCGGGCAGCGGCGCCUUGCGCGGCGUGCCGGCCUCGCACUUCGUGGGCAUCGACGGCGUCCGCGCCUUCCUGCACUCCUACUCGCACGAGGUGUCGCUCACGGCCGACUCGCGCAAGAGCCAGCUCCGCUUGUCGGGCGGCAGCUGCUGCGACACCCUCCCGGCCCGGCCGCCGCCCGACGAGCCCGCGCCGCUGCUCGGGGAGGACCCCGCCGCUGCCCCGGUGAGUUCCUCCUGCCAGCCCCACUUGCUGCGCGACCUCUCCCCGCGCUGCUCUGCUCUGCCCCUUCCGUGCCGAGUCGUGGCUCCUGCCGCGGGAGGGGGAGGUCCGAGCAAGGCAGCGGCUCCCGCAGCAGCCGGCGCCGUGUGCCGGUGCCACUUGCCCGCGGGAGGCGACCGCGGGGUUGCGGCUCAGCGCCCCAGCGGGAGAAGGGGGGAGUGGCCGCGAGAGUCUGCGGGUGGCUGCGUGGGAGGGGCACUGCGGGAAACGGGAGGUCUGUCUUGCUGGUUCCCGGUCUCCUAAGGCCGUUUGAGCGAAAAGGGAGCUGGGCGUGCCUUGGCUUGACGAUCCCUGCUACGGCAAGAGCCGUCUGAGGGCGGGCGGGGAGAGACUGGGAGGGAGACGUAAUUCCCCCAGUGAAGGUGGUCAACGCCCAGUUUCUCCCUGGGGAGCGCUCCUCUUUUACUUUUAGCCCCUUGCUGUUUCUUCCCAGAAGACUGGUGAGCCGACAAAUGCAUCUUCCUCCUCAGUACAGAGCUGUAAAGAUACCGAAGUGAAGUGCACGGCGUGCCAAAGAAGUUCCUCCUGAGCCAUGUUAUUGUAGCUCUGGUGGGUGCCCAGGGAGGUUCUUUUCGUGUGCUUUCAGGUUGUUGAUUUGUUACGAACACCUUAAGUCUGACAAGUGACAUAAAGAGAGGUUUGGGAAUAGAAAGUGUGUUUAUCUGUCCUAUUACAGACCUUAAUUAUGAACCUACUGCAAAUGCCAUCAUCAAACUGAGUAUGUUGUGUUACUUUACCUUUUUUGUAGGGGUUAACCUCUUAGCUUGCAGCUUGUGAUGAGUUAAAGGUGGGCCACUGUCUCUGACGGGGUGUGGAAGAUCACAUCUGUUACAAUUCUCUGACUGUCCCGUAUGUUCCUUUCAUGUUUAGAGUUGUGCAGAGAAAGACUUUUAGGUAGGUUUUCUUGAAAUAUAAGUGGAAAAAAUUCUCUUCCUUGUAACAUCGACAUGGGCUGAAGUCAUAAAUUAUCCACCGUAGGACGAAGUUGUCUGUGUGAAUUUUCUUUAGGUGGAGUCUAUCUGCUAAUGAUGAUGAUCAAUGACAACUCUGUGAGAUGUGAGGGGUUUGAGGAG